GUCCACCCAUCAAAAGCCCAACACAAAAAAAGCCCAACAAACUCUCCACUGUGUAAGUGUAACGCUUUCCUCCUCUUCUUCUGCUCCUACACCUCCUCCUCUCAGAUUUCUCACAUCACAUCACAUUUUUCUUCUUCUCCUUCAUCUCAGAUCCCCGAAAUUUCAUCUGGGUUUUUUUCACAUCUACAAUUUCUCUAAAAAAAAUCUCAUCUUUCCUCCAAAAAUCCCAUCUUUCAUACCAAAAAUCUUAUCUUUGUUUUUACCCAAAAAUCCCAUCUUUUUGUUUUCACCAAAGAUCCAAUCUUUCACCUCAAAAAUUCAAUCUUUCACCCAAAAAAUUGAAUCUUUGAUACCAAAAAAAGAGAAAAAGAUGUCAAGUGGAGGUGGAUCUUUGAGUGAUGGUGUGAUAAAGAAGAUAGUUUUAUCAUACACAUAUGUAGCAAUAUGGAUCUUCUUAAGUUUUACUGUGAUAGUUUACAACAAAUACAUCUUAGAUCGAAAGAUGUUUAAUUGGCCAUUCCCAAUAUCUCUAACAAUGAUUCACAUGACAUUUUGUUCAUCUUUAGCAUUUAUUCUUGUUAAAGUGUUGAAAUUGGUGGAGCCAGUAACAAUGUCAAGAGAAGUAUAUCUGUCAUCAGUUGUACCAAUUGGUGCACUAUAUGCUUUCUCACUUUGGUUAUCUAACUCUGCAUACAUAUAUCUUUCUGUUUCUUUCAUACAAAUGUUGAAGGCACUUAUGCCAGUUGCAGUGUAUUCAAUUGGAGUUAUGUUUAAGAAGGAGAAUUUUAAAGGUGAAACUAUGGCAAAUAUGUUAUCUAUAUCAUUUGGUGUAGCAGUUGCAGCUUAUGGAGAAGCAAAAUUUGAUGCUUGGGGUGUGACUUUGCAAUUGGGUGCAGUUGCAUUUGAAGCAACAAGAUUGGUUAUGAUUCAGAUCUUGUUAACAUCAAAGGGUAUAAAUUUUAACCCAAUUACAUCAUUAUAUUAUGUUGCUCCAUGUUGUUUGGUGUUUUUGUCAAUUCCAUGGAUCUUAGUGGAAUACCCAAUAUUGAGGGAUUCAUCUAGUUUUCAUUUAGAGUGGUUUAUAUUUGGGACAAAUUCUGUGUGUGCUUUUGCUUUAAAUCUGGCUGUUUUCUUGCUUGUUGGAAAGACAUCUGCAUUGACUAUGAAUGUUGCUGGGGUGGUCAAAGAUUGGCUGUUGAUUGCAUUCUCUUGGUCUGUCAUUAAGGAUACUGUUACACCUAUCAAUUUGUUUGGGUAUGGUUUGGCAUUUUUGGGUGUUGCAUACUACAAUCAUACCAAGUUGCAGGCUCUUAAGGCGAAAGACGCGCAGAAGAAGACUGUUCAAGCAGAUGAUGAGCAGGGUAGGUUGCUUGAGGAAAGAGAUGGGGAUGGAAGGAGGAAUGAUAAUCAGUCUUGAUCUGGAUUAUCAUUCGUUUUUAUUGCGAAUGCUUGCGGGAGUUUGGUGUUGCAUUGCCAAAAAGAAUUUGAUGUUUGAGCUUAAAAGGGUUUAAGGAUGAUUUGAAUGGAGAGGGUUUUCUUAGGUAUUAGUACAAUAUGGAUAAUGGCGAUUCCUUGAUUAGAAUCGCGGAUUUAGUCUUAGUUAUGUUUAUUUAUCACCAUUAUUAGUUCUAUGUUAUGAUGUAGUUCUUGUUUAGAUUUAAUUUUAUCACAUAGUAGUAUCAUGAAAAGGAAAGGCAAUGGGGGCUCGAGGCUCAGUUUCGAGGUUGGUUGUUAGUUGCUAGAGAGCCAUUGUCCGAGCUCUCCUAUGCCCAUUCUGAUCUUUUUGUCACUUUUGUUUAUGUUUUUCAGUACUCUUAUUAUUGUUCGAGCCUUUCAGGGACUUUGAUAUUUAUCUAUUUAUUGAUGUCUAUUGUAAUA